AUGGAGAAAUCGACGGAGAAAAGCGUGACCUCUGUUGCUUCUGGUAAUUCGAUCUUCAAUUCCUUCUCUCCGAUUGUCAAUUUUCCAGUUUCAUUUCGUAAAUUUUCUGUUCCGAUUUUGAAUCUCGUGAGAAAAUAUCUUAAAACAGGAAACUCAAUCAACUCGAAACUGAGGUAUCCUCUCAGAUCUGCUCUUAGAUCCAAGGAAGGGAAGCCUCCUGUUCCUGAUUUUUCAGGCUCUUCAGCACCCAGAAGGGGACGAGCUGCAUCUGCUGUUAGUCAGAGUACUACAGUUCUUGAUUUGUCUGCUAAAAAGAGUGUUGAUCGCACCAAGCCACCGAGGAGACUCUCGAUUCCGAACAAGGCCACGAGCAGUUCUUCUGUUAAAUCUGUUAGCAGCAGUAUCACUUCUGUUUCCGAAAGUAAGGUAAGGAGACCUGUAUCAAGUGCGCCGAGAUCAGUGACUCGAAGAAAAGUUGAAGAAGAUCUGUCUUCCUCUACUUAUUGGCUGUCUCAUAUCAAGCUAGCUGAAUCAGUGGCGAAACAUUCGAUCUCUCUCGGUUUCUUUAAACUUGCUCUUCAUGCUGGGUGUGAGCCGAUUGAUCAGAUGAAAGAAGAGUUGAAAUCAUACGCUCGUCGCAACAACUUGGAUGGGCUUGCUGAUGCUAUGAAGGAACUCUCUGAACUGUACAAUAUCUCAGAAGAAUCCAAGCAGAUGGAGAUCUCAGAGACCGGUUCUGUUGUAGCUGAGGAAACUACUGCGUCUCUCAACAAUGAUAAUGAUGUCCUCAGUUCAUUCUCCACUCCUGGAGAUUCGAACAUCACAUCAGAGACCACGAAAGACGAUGCAUUGCAAGAUUCAGCUGUCAUUGAAACAUCCAAGGAAGAAGAGCCCUCGGAAACUAACCCGCAAGGAAGAACCAAAAGGUCUUUGGAUGAAAUCAAUGUGAAUCAAGAGGUUGUUCAAGAAUCAGAAGAGGAAGAGACCUCGGAAACUAACCCACAAGGAAGAACCAAGAGGUCUUUGGAUGAAAUCAAUGUGAAUCAAGAGGUUGUUCAUAAAUCAGAAGAGGAAGAAACCUCGGAAACUAAUCCACAAGGAAGAACUAGAAGGUCUUUGGAUGUAAUCAAUGUGAAUCAAGAGGCUGUUCAGGAGUCAGAAGAUGGAGUUCCAAACGUGACUGUUGUUCAACCUUCAGACAAAAAACGUGCAAACAAGAAGGAAACUGUCUCUAAGAACAGCCAGCCCGUGAGGACAAAGAAAUCACUUGCAAACAACUCUGCAAAAACAAGGACAGUUCCAGAAAAGAAGUCUCUCAAGAAGGAUGAAAAGAUCACUAAACCCAGGACUAAGAAAAUUCAAGAAGGGACAAAGAAGACAACCAAGAAGUCUGCUGCUGCUAAAGAAGCUGAAGUGAAAUCUCUGAAGCAAAUGGAGAACAAAGAAAACUCUACUAACGCGAGCUUCUUCGUCGCAGGUUGUUGUCGGUGCAGGAGAAGUCAGGCUUGA